UUCUUACUGGUUGGUUUCAGUUACCUCGACCAGGAAGGGGAUGCUGUCUGGGAGAGGGAUGCAGGAUUUGCGAGCUUCUCCCCAGGAGCCUUCCCGGCAGCCGUAAGGCCCGGAACCCAAAGUCAGUGUCUCAGUUUCCCCCCGGAGGGCUGCUUCCGCUGCUCCCGGAAGCUGCACUCGCUGCGCUAGUAACAGGCCGGGCUGUGUCGGAGGCGGUACUGUUAUGGACCUAGAGGAGGCGAAAGAAUUCAGAGAACGCUGUACUCAGUGUGCUGCUGUCUCUUGGGGUCUUACUGAUGAAGGCAAAUAUUAUUGCACUUCUUGCCACAACGUUACAGAAAGAUCUCAGGAAGUUAUUAGUACCGAAGCUAUUCCUAAUACUAAAAUACAGGCCAUAAACCGGGGACUUAAAAGAAAAAGAAAACUUGAGAAAGGCUGGGAUUGGUAUGUGUGUGAAGGUUUUCAGCACAUACUUUAUCAACAAGCAGAAGCCUUAAAGACCCUUGGAGUAGGUCCAGAAUUAAAGAAUGAAGUUUUGCAUAACUUUUGGAAGCGCUACCUUCAGAAGAGCAAGCAGGCCUAUUGUAAAAACCCAGUGUAUACCAGUAGAAGGAAAGCUACGGUAUUGGAAGAAAAUGCAAGUCAUUCAGACUGGGAUAGUGCACCUGAACUGCUAAGUGACUUUAGCUGCCCUACUUUUGUUGAAAGUGAAGCCGAGUCUCAGCCUGAUGACCACAUUCAAAAGCCUUUCCCCAUCAGCAGAGCAUCACAAUCAGAAACAGCGUCUGUCUGUUCCGGAUCUCUUGAUGGAGUUGAAUACUCGCUACGGAAGGAGAAGGGGGUUGUGAAGAUGACUGUGCCAGGCACACUUGCUUUCUGCUACCUGGCAUUGCUUUGGCAAAGAGAGACAAUGACUCUUUCCGAUCUUCUGAGAUUUGUUGAAGAGGACCAUAUUCCGUACAUAAAUGCUUUUCAACAUUUUCCAGAAGAGAUGAAAUUAUAUGGACGUGACAAAGGAAUCUUUGCUAUAGAGUCUUGGCCUAACUAUGAGGAUAUCCAUAAAAAAAUUAUUGAAGUUGCCACAUUUCUAGAUUUGCCUCGUUUCCCAGACAUAACCGAAGACUGCUAUCUGCAUCCAAACAUCUUGUGUAUGAAAUACUUGAUGGAGGUCAACCUCCCUGAUGAAAUGCACAGUUUCACCUGCCAAGUGGUAAAAAUGGCUGGCAUAGGAGAAGUGGAUUUUCUGACAUUUGAUCCAAUAGCUAAAAUGGCCAAAACUGUUAAAUAUGAUGUACAAGCCAUAGCUGUCAUUGUAAUAGUAUUGAAACUGCUCUUUUUAUUGGAUGACAGUUUAGAAUGGUCUUUGUCUACGAUUGCUGAGAAGUAUAAUGAAGAGAACAAAGAAGAUAAGCCAUGGUUUGAUUUCAGAAAAUGGUACCAAGUUAUGAAGAAAUCUUUUGAUGAUAAGAAACAAAAAUGGGAGGAAGCCAGGGCAAAGUAUGUGUGGAAAAGCGAAAAGCCACUCUACCACUCAUCCAUUGACAGAUCAGUGGUAUAUAAAAGAAGAGAAAUGGUGGUAAAUCUACAAAAACAGUUUAGCACACUCGUUGAUUCAACACCAACUGUUGAAAAAAAAAGUCCUUCAAGUUUUCAGUUCAAUUGGACUGAAGAAGACACUGAUAGAACUUGUUUCCAUGGACAUAGCCUCCAGGGAAUCCUGAAGAAGAAAGGCCAGUCACUGACAACCAAGAAUUCACUAUAUUGGCUUAGUACACAGAAGUUCUGUAAAAGCUCUGCUGCUUACUCACUGUGGGCAAGUAACUUACCAUCAGAAGACCCUGUGGAGCCUACAAGCCCCUGCUAUUCUCUGACCUCUCCUGCUAACCUCCUUUUCGUGCUCACUGCUCCUGUUCACACCGGCCUCCUAGCUGUUCCUUCAACUUGCCAAGUACGCUCCCCAUGCAGGACUUUGCACGUGUUGUAUCUUCAGCCUGGAAUGCUCUUCCCCUGGGUAUUCAUACAGGCUCACUUCUUUCAGUUUUUUGUUCACAUUUCACUUUCUCGGAGAAGCCUUUCUUAACCAUCCUGUUUAAAAUAGCACCAACCCACCACUCGCACCUCGUCACUCUCUGCCUUGCCUGUUUUCUCCUCAUAGCUUUUGUCACUAUUAAAUAUAUUAUAGUAUUAUAGAUUUAUUUUGUGUUUGUCUGCCUUCUGACACUAGAAUGUAAGGUCCUUUAGCUGAGACUCUGUCUUAUUUAAUGAAAAAUCUAAGAGGCUAGAACAGAGCCUGGGUGCUCACCAACUAUUUGUUGAGAGAAUGAAUGAAUGAAUGAAAAGUGGAAGCUGCUCCAUAGGGUUAGUAUGGGAGCUAAAUGAGAUAUUUCGUGUCUGUCACACAGUAAAUGCUCAAUAAAUGAUAACUAUGAUCACUGUUAUUAUUUUAAACGAAACUAAUUUUCUAUUAACAAGUUUCACUUCCUGAGUUGAGUAUCAAGAUAAUAAGAUGAAGAUGAUAAAAUGAAGUUAUCUGUAUUAAAAUUAACUGCUAAAAAAAGUUUAGCUGAGUCGAGAAUGAUUAAGGAGUAGCAGCAGCAAUGAAAGGCCAGAUCCCAGGCGCAGGGACAAUUCCACAUUCAAGGCACUGCAUUCCUUUACAGUGGUCAGUGCAACAUAGUACUUUCAGAUUUUAAGAUUUCAUUGAGAGGAAGAGAGAAGGGUGUAGCCCAGGCCAGUGAGGGGACCCGCCGAGACCUCACCUGUCGCAGAGU